AUGAAUAUAAAAUUAAUUUUCUUUUUUAUAGUUUUAAAUCUAUUAAUUCAAAUUAUAAAUGCAGAUUUUAAAGAUUGUACAGGUAUAAGCUGUGAUGACGGCAGUGACUGCACUAUUGAUUCAUGCGAAGUGGGUUAUGGAUGUAGAUAUCAAACGGAAAAUUGUUCAGGGAAUACCGACUUAUCCACUUGCCACACUGGAAAAUGUAUAAACAACACUUGUGUUCCAUACAAAUCAUGCGACGAAUAUUCAUCGUGCGAUGAUGGUAAAUGCCUUCCUUUAAUUAUUCCAGUUGGUGGAAGUGUUGGAUCUACACCAGAUAACUGUGAAACUAUUAUUAACCAGCAACAAUGUGUUGACUAUUAUCCAAAAUGUAAAUGGUUAACAUUUGUAGGUUGUUGUGGUGGCCAAUAUUCGGUCUGUAUAAAUGAUCCCACCGAUGUUUGCUAUACAAAUCAAAUAACCUGUGCAACUGAAGAAAAAACUGGUGAGAUUGUUGAAAUUUGGUCAAUAUGUAAACCUCAAUCAGGUUUUUUAGAAUAUGUAGAGCCUCCCUCAACAUGUGCAGAAAUCGACUGUGAUGGAAGUUCUUGUGACUAUCACCAAACUACAAAAUGCUUGGGUACAUCUUGUUGUCAAAAAACUCCAUAUUGCAAAGGCCAAUCGGUAUUAACAACUACCACGACCACUACCUCUGCAACAGGUACUUCAACAACAGGUACUUCGACAACAGGUACUUCGACAACAGGUACUUCUACAACAGGUACUUCUACAACAGGUACUUCUACAACAGGUACUUCUACAACAGGUACUUCUACAACAGGUGUCCCUGGUAAAUCCACAACAGGUACUUCGACAACAGGUACUUCGACAACAGGUACUUCUACAACAGCUACUUCUACAACAGCUACUUCUACAACGGGUGUCCCUGGUAAAUCCACAACAGGUACUUCUACAACAGGCACCACCGGUAAAUCCACCUCUACAACAGUUACCACCUCAACCACCUCCACCACCGCUGGGCAUAAUUCUCAAACAAUUACAACCUCCACUACAUUAACUAAUGCUGGAACAGGGCAUAACUUUCCAACAGUUUCAAUCUCUACCACCACUACUGCAACUACAACUGCAACCACUAUGACAACCGCUACAACUACUGGUGCAGCAACAACAAGUACAAGUACGGCCACAGCUGUUGGCACAACUACAACGACAAGUACAACCAAUGUAACUUCAACAACAGCUUCUAUAGCAGAUACAAGUGGAACAUCACCACCUAUUUCAUCUACUACUAGUCAAACUCCCUAUACUACCUCACCUUUUACUUUAUCAUCAUCCUCAUUUGAAUAUCCCUUACCACAUUAUAGCGGAGAUAGCUCAUAUUAUCCUCCUCCAGAUCAUCAUUCAGUUUGUUAUAAUUAUCGAUGCCCAUAUGGCUCUAUAUGUGUUGAACACCCUUCAAGAGAAAAUGGUUUCUUAAUUAAACCCAAAUGCCUCAAGUACAAACCAAAAUGUCUUUCUUGUGAAGAUUUAAAUUGUGAAGGAUCAUCGCAACAAUGUAAAUACAUUCAAGACCCAUUCUGUAAAAAAGAUGAUAUUGAAAACAAUCAAGACUGCUGCUGUUAUUUACCCACCUGCUAUUAA